AUGACUUUGCGAGCGACUAUAACCAAGGCCGCCCGAGUAUUCCAGAUCCACGCCCGCCGUUGUUGUAGCUCCGAUGGCGCGGCUGCCAGAAACAACCAGAGCUCAUUUUCUUCGUUCUCUCUCCGGACGCACACUUGCGGGGAGCUGUGCCGAGAUCACGUGGGCGAGACGGUUGAGCUCUGCGGCUGGACGGGGAGACCGCGCCUGCAGCCGGCACACGGGUUCGCCUUCCUCCGCGUCCACGAUGCCGCGGGAGCUACUCAGUUCGUCUGUGAACUCGACCGCUGGCGCGAUCUCCUCGAUUCGUUCAGCGGAAAUGAGAGGGUCGUGAAAGUGAGCGGGGUCGUGCGACCACGCCCAACGGAGGCCGUAAACACGACCACGCCCACCGGAGAAAUCGAGGUGGAGAUGACGUCACUUGAGGUCAUCAACGAGUCAUCCCACCACCCUUUCUCAACCUUUGGUCGUGUCGAGAAAAGUGUGUCUCUCCAACAUCAGCUACGUGAGCGACCCCACUUUCUGCGUCUUCCCCAAAUGCAGCGCAACCUCCGACUGAGGUCAAGGGUCGCGAUGGCCAUGCGAGAGUUCCUGGUUCAUCGCCACGGUUUCCUAGAGGUCGAGACCCCCACACUCUUCCGACGAACCCCAGAGGGAGCCCAGGAAUUUAUCGUUCCCACACGAACCCAUGGGAAAUUUUUCUCUCUCGCUCAGAGCCCACAGCAGUUCAAACAGCUGCUGAUGGUUGCUGGGUUCGAUCGCUACUUCCAGUUUGCCCGCUGUUACCGUGACGAAGACCUCCGCUCGGACAGACAACCCGAGUUCACACAAUUGGAUCUCGAAAUGGCUUUCGUAGACCAAGACUGCAUCAUGGGGCUAACAGAGGCUCUAGUUCAUUCCACGGUCUCGUUCCUGUGUCCCCAGUUUUCCAUUCCCCCACUCCCGUUCCAGAGAAUGGAAUACAGACAUGCGAUGGAGACGUACGGAUCGGACAAACCGGACACUCGCUACGGACUCCAUCUCCAGAGCCUCAGUUUAGUGUGGAGAGAGUUGCUUCGAGACAUGGGGGUGGAGGGAGGGGAAGAGGGGAGUGCCUUAAACCCACACUUCUUUGCUCUGAAGAUUCCUGGGUGGCACCAAGCGAUUGAGGAACUGGAGAAGAAAGACAGAGGGAAGGCAGGCGAGGUUGAUAAGAGAGCCCGAGAACUCUGCCAUGCCCACUCCCUGGCUACCAUGACAACAAACGAGGGGGAAUCCCGAGAAUCUCUGGAGAAAUUGAUUUCGUCUCGCAUUCCCUCUGCCCUCUUGUCGAUAUUCUCCAACAUCUCUCCGUCACUGGUUGAGAGACUCUCCGAUGGAGUCCGCGAGGAGCUGAGUUACCAGGACGGAGACCUCUGCGUGCUGGGUACCAGUGAGAAGCCACAUAGAGACAAGAUGCUGACAGGGCUGGGUAAUUAUAGGGGCCUUGCAGCGAACGUCCUCCAGCUAACGAAUCGAAUGGAGUUAGACAGCGAGAGUCUCAAUUUCCUGUGGGUGACCGAUUUCCCGUUGUUUUGCGUCGAGCAAGACAAGAAGAGGGGAGUGUAUCGUGUGCUGUCGACACAUCAUCCAUUUACUGCACCUGCUGACGAUGAUAGCGAGACAGUGGCUGGGAAACUGGGUCUAGAUCAACUGAAUGAGGUGAAGGCCCAGCACUAUGAUCUGGUGGUGAAUGGAGUUGAGUUAGGUGGCGGCUCAAUCAGAAUCCACGACCCUCUCCUCCAGGAACACGUUCUUACCAACAUACUGAACGUUUUCGACCGGCUAAUGGCAGUGCUCUGCCAGGCCACCAGUCUCCGCGACGUCCUGGCAUUCCCGAAAUCAUUCUACGGUCGAGAUCUCUUCACCGGGGCCCCCUCAGAGCUAUCGCCACGACAACUAGCCCAGUAUCACCUCCGUCUCUAUGACAACCACCAGUCUGACAUUGAUUAGCAGGGGUCAACCUAAAUUCAAAAAUGUUCAACAUUCAAGUCAGGGGGGAGAUACGUGUAUAGCAACUUGUAUAUACUGCAGACUGCAAUAUAAAAUGGGUGUAGUUGACUUUUGCUUUGCCUUUCUAUUAUACAUCAUUACCUCCUCGUUGACGCAUACAACUUAUAUUCAACGUAUUCUUAUUAUU